AUGGAGGACGAAAACAAUGUUGAUAUUAGUAUUCUCACGCAAAAUCAAUAUUUGUCAAUAUUUAUUAAAACAUGGGAAACUUAUCCAGAAUUAUGGAAUACAUGUUGCGAAUCAUAUCGCGAUAAAGUAAGGAAAAAUAAUGCGCUUGAUAAGUUGCUCGAUAUUUAUAAAAAAAUGAAACCAAAUAGCACGAGAGAAGACCUCAAGAAAAAAUUAAAUGCCCUGCGAACAAAUUUUCGGAAAGAGUUAAAGAAGAUUCACAAAUCGAAAUCAUCAGGAAAGGGAACCGAUGAGGUUUACGUCCCGUCUGCGUGGACGUAUUAUGAAUUGCUGUUUUUAACAAAUGAUGAACAACCAAUAAAAAAAACUAUAGAGGAUAAAACUGGAAAUUUUAAACUCUUGACAACCAAACAAACCCCGGAGGAGUCAGUUGACUAUGUCAAUGACUUUUUUGCAGGCGUGGGAGAGAACCUAGCUAGCAGUAUCUCAGCUGUGAAUAACCCUCAUGAUCUGACAACUCAUCUUGUGGAUAAGACCCAACUCACAACUUUUUGCCUAUUGGAAACAGAUCACCAAGAGGAAGACAAAGAAAAUGAUCAAGACCAAUAUAGCUAUUCGAUUAGCUCAAUGGAUCCACCUCCAACUCCAGUAUCGGAAAAUAAGAAAAGAAAAAAGGAAAAUGACCAGCAAAACCUUUUACAGAGGACUUUAUCGUUUUUGGAGAAGGAUUCUUCUGAUAAUCAAGAAGAAUAUCAUCUUGCCAAAGUCUGGGCCGCUAAAUUGACAAAACUGGAGUCUACACAAAAACUUUUUGCGGAAAAGGCAAUUAACGAUAUUUUAUUUGAGGCACAACUUGGAAAAUUAAACAAAAACUCAGUGAAAGUUAAUGAGCAUGUACCAUAUACUUCAUCGCCUUUGCUGCCUAGACAGUCACUAUAUCAUCCCAGAGUAAACUAUAUUCCAUCACCUAGUCAAUCACCAAGCACACAAGAUUCAAUUUUGAGAUACAAUUUAACACCUUCGCCACAUUCUAUAUUUAACAAUGAACAUAAUAUUGAUAAUACUAUUACUAUGAAACCUCCACAGAUAUUGUCCAAGACUCAAAGUCACCAUCAACCAAUUGUAACCACCGGUAUUCCAUCUCAAAUAAUAUUAAGGCAUCCACUGACACGAUUGCAACAGUUUGGGUAUGGUCCACAAGACACAAUAUCACAAGAAAAUAAACAAAAUAAUAAUAUAACUUCUAAUGUUAUAACAUUUGAAGGCGACGUACAUGCCAAGUAUACUCCAAAAGAAGAUAUUUCAAUUUUUUUUCAGUCCUAA